GGUUUUAGCUUUACACUGGCCCCCCUACACUUUAAAAAAAUAAAAUUGCGUCCUCUAAAAAACGCAACCCCAAAUGUAACUUUUCAAUGGAUUUGUGAUUUGGCGUAUGUAUGUCUGUUUGUAAUCUGUAUUGAAUGAAUUUGAAUUUAAUUGACGAUAAAGAGUAUGUGUAUUGUGUUGUCCAGUAAAUCGGCGAAGGGACCAUGUGUAUCGGCGAGGUAGUUAUAAUAUUUCUCUGAUAUUUGCAGUGACAUGACUCGUUAUUGUGUGAUCUGAAGUGCACGGAUGGUAUUUGGAUUGUAAACUAUAUUACAAAAUAAUCGUUAUGAUAAAAGGGUUGUUAAUUCUUAUGACGAGCAAUGUGACAUAUUACAUUCUUGGUAGUUUUUUUUAUAUUUAUUAUAUCAUUUUGAAUAAAUAGGCAGAUUUGGGUGGAAAACAUUACAAUUAAUUAAUUGUAAUAGAUGAGGAAUGGCGACCAAUACAUUCGACAAUAAAAAUGAGGCGUGUCCAAAUUAUUUCCUCACGUGCCACCUCUGUUCGAUAUUCCAUCCAUCCCCGAUAGAGAUAAUAUUAAAACAAGUUGGUGCUACACAUGGUUUCUUCCUCGUCUAUUUUUAAUAGUUUGACGUGUAGGAACUCUUUAUUUGUGUAAAGUCUUGUAAGAUAAAGCAAUAAAGUUGUUUCCUACCAACAUGCACGGUUAGCAUUAAUUUCACCGAUCUCGUAGGCCAGCCACGUGGCCCUGACGUGUAUUUUAAGCAUCCUUUGAAGUGAUAUUUUGUAAAGAUUUUGUGUCCAUUUACUAAAUUAUGAUAUAACAUGUUUAUAAUAUUAUUAUGGUAUACCUAAUAUAAUGUCGUGACAAAAUGAUUUACAUAAUUUAUACAUUUUAUAGAUAUUCAAAAAUCAAAACCUUGUUGACGGAUAACCUAUUUGCUAUACGGCGGAUAAACAAGUAGUUGGUUUUUCAGAUAAGUCAUUGGUUUUUCAGACAUGUUGGGCGCCGUCCAUACAUUACGUAACAUGAAUUUCUCACGUGGCCACAUUUGAGGAACCACCAUCGGUGUGAGGUUAUACAUAACCAGAAAUAGAAUAUAUUUUGAAGUUAUUUUGUUUAAAAUUAUUAUUCUAUGUAUUAAUUUACUGAACACUUUGUCAAGUGCCGUCAUGAAAGUUAUGACCAUCGGCUCUGUCACGUUAUGUCACUUCGUUGACUUCCUCCCUUUUUAAAGUGUGACGUAAUUUGUGGAUGGUGUCUUGGUUUGAAUUCAGUUUAAUAUCUCAAUAUGUAAUCAUUAUUAUUACUCACGACUUGUAGUAGGUAUUCAAUUACAAACAAUUAUAAUAUAAACGUAUAUCCUGGUUCAUAAUUAAUAUUCACAAAGGCAAUCAAGGGAAUGUAGAAAUUAUAAUAGAUAUGAGCAAAACAUUUGCAGUGAGAUCUAAUGUUAUUAUUAAAGACUUUUAGUACAUUACAAAAUGUAUGCUGAGUGUUUCUGUUCAGCGACUUUCUGUCAAACAAAACGCAAAAAUGUUACCAAUAUGGCCAUCACUAUUCAUAAUUAAAUAUUAUGUACUGUACUGUAAUAUAUUUUAUGCCCUACUUGAUAACUGUGUUAAAAAUGACCACUAAACAGUAAUUUUGGAAUUAAAUCAAUAUUUUUCGCGUUGUUGGACUACUAACGCCUUUGUUGCCGUUAUGUAUGUUUAAUUACGAAUCGGGAUGAAGUACAGAAUACAUGUCCAGCUGAGGUGGCCUUCAAGUACUUGUGAUCUAACGGCGUAGCGUAUCGAAGCUCUGGACUAUGCGUGAAACAUUACAGACGUCUGGGCAGUAGAGGUUUGUAGAUCAGUUUUGACUAGAGAUAAUAUAUCGAUUUACAAUUUGAAUAAUAAUAAGUUUCCGCAUAAUCUUGUUCGACUUACUGGAUAGCAGUAUUAUCUGUUUUUACAAUUUCUUAUACAAUAACAGUCUUACUUAUAAACUUGUUUUAGCGUUAAGAGGUGGUUAAGAAUUGCUUAAACAGCUGUCAAAAACAUCACCGGCUCCUAGUUUAAACCUAAUUAACAGGCAAGAUGGCGGGUUUUGAGUUACAGCAGAUUUUUUAUAAGUAAGACUGUAUGUGUUGAACCGUUCUGUCAAAUGUUUUUUCCAUGCGCGGUGUUGUUGUAGUUGAGUUUCUGUUGCAAUGUACAAUGUUAGACUGGAAAGAAGAGCCAAUGGCUAUAUUCUUCAUAUCGAACCACAGCUUGUAUUUUAUCAGCUCGUAAUAGUCGUCUCUUCAGCUUUAAUUUAAAUUCGAGAUUAAAAUACAUAUGCACUUAGCAAGUAAAAACACGGUAUUUUGGGUAGACAGGUAUUGAAUACAAUGAUAAUUGAUUUAAAUAUUUUAAUAAUGUGUAAUGUCAUUCAAAUAUUUUUAUUACAAUGCUAUAAAUGUUAUUGUGGAUAUCCGAUAGCUCAUUAUGACAAAACCCCCCGGGGUGGCCUUGUAUUUUAUAAUUAGGUUACACAUUGACUGCGUGGCACCCACCUGCUGAGUUUGCAAGUAAGCUCAUACGCCAGGCUUGUGUCAAGGAAGCCUUAUGUCUUAUAAAAAAAAAUGAAAGCGCAGGAGUGGAUUCGAAUAUUCCGCUCUUUGGCGCGACAGUGAAAGUGUAUUAGUAUGGUAUAUGAUAGUUUUAUUGUGACGCGUAUUUUAGAUGUUUCUAGGAUAUUUAAAGACUUGCACAAAAUGGACAUAAAACUAGUUUUCGGAUUUAAUCGGGGUUUUUUAUAAUCUAGUUUUCCUACGUUUCGAAUACUUUGCAGACUUAAUGGUCUCGGGGUGGACUGAAGGCUGCAAUAUCUGAAAACUAUGUUUAUUUCGACGUCUAACAUUUGCGUAAAUAUAAGAAAUCACAUGAAUGUAAUCACAUAGUGUAAUGAAUUGAAAUUAUACGCAAUAGUGUGAUUCGACCGCAACAUAUUGGAAGUUUCCAUAAAAUACCUUGAUCAACUUACAUAAUCUUAUGUAUUUAUUUUAUAGUGUAUAUUUGUGCAAAGUUUCGAGCUAUAGAUUCGACGUGCAGUUUUAUACCUCUCUCACCAUUAAAUCAUAAUUUCCAAUAAUUAUUUUUAGAGCGUGCUUCCGUUACAACCGAAAUACACCAGAUUUUAAUGUAAUAUGAAUUGCUAGUAGUUUUGACCAGGCGUUAUGAUGCUGGCGCCACACUUAAUAUUUAAUUUGACUGCGGACACACUUGUGUUUAUGAGUGCACAAUGUCAGUUGCGCUUUACUACUUAAGUGAUGAGGCAUGAGGAGGGUUGCUCCGGUGCAGUUGGCACCGAAGUCAACGCGUCCGUGUCUUGUAUGUAAAUAAAUGUCGUAGUGCCCGUUAUAUCAGUAAACAAAUAUUGCCAAAACUAUCGUAUAAAAUAGCGUUACUACUACCCUAGAAUAAAUCGAAUGAAUUCACCAAGUGCCUGAGGCCGUUGUCAAUGCUGUUUUAAAAUAUCGAAUAAUCUGGUAAUAAUUAUUAUUAUGAAUACGAUUCAUUUUGUUCAGUGUGGCCCUAGCAUCUGCCGGGACACGAUAACUUUAUAAUACUUAAUAUAUUCUGCGUGAAAUUAGUUGAUCUAAAAGGUUUUACUCUGUAUGAGUUGCUUGUUGGUUAUACAAUAAUAAUAUGACGAAUAUAACGAUUAAUGAUUAACAAUAAAAUUGUACAAAACAAGUUUGAGUUUUUCAAUUUCAACAUCCCACAUCAUAAGUAUAUUUUAUAUUGGAUGAAUUUCUUACGCUCCACUUCAAAUUCAGUGAAACGACUGUUAUAUCUUCUGCUACCCAAUAGGCGUCCUGAUAUUUAGAAUACUCUCAUUUCCAUUACAGUAACAAUAUUAUAACGUAUCGAGGCGACUCAUUUACAACCGACCAUCUGAAUGGCGCAUGCGUUUGUCUGCUCUGAUCUAUUAGUCUAAGAGCCAGCGAACCCCAGACCUUCGUUAUUUUAUAAAAGCUCAAAUAUAUAGGCUGUCCUUUAAAACGAGGAUGUGGAAUACUACAUAAUUAAUGAAAUAUUCUUAAAAUUUACUUUUACUUAUUAAAGAUAAAUUAUAAUUACUUUAUAUUUCAUUAUUUUUACAAGAAUUAUCCUUUCAAAGUAGUUUAGUUUGAGGGUUGAAUAAAUUCUUUUGGUAUUCAUAACAAUAAAUAAAAUAUUUUAGAAAUUACUUGUACGUACUUAUUUGAUAGAAAUGUUUGUCUGGGUUUAUAUUUUUCAACUAGAUUAGACGAUAUUUGAUCCUAUUUUAAUAAAAACACAAUAUUUUCUAAGGGGUUUAAUACAUAAUAAUUUACAAAUUAAUACAAUAUUAGUAAUACACCAUGAACAAGCACUCCCUAAAUUUAAACAUUUGUAUUAGCGUCGUGACUACAGUUUUACAUUUUUUGAUGUAAAUUAUUGGUUCAGACUAUGUAAAAGUAGAUUUGAAAAAUAAAUGAGUAGCGAAGUACAUCUAGUACGUCGCGCUUAGUUUAAUGAUGACUCCAUCAAAAACGCAAGCAAAAUUUACAAGAGGAGAAAAAUGUAUCUUCGUGCAUUUGAUAAUUACUUUUAUAAUUCUUUUAGUGAUGAUAAUUAUCUAUGUUAUUCACUUAGGCCUUGUAAAACAUCAAGGGAAUGAAAUAUUUCGUAUCACCCGAAGAUCAUUCGCAAAUGACAAAAAUUCAAUCACAUCUGGCAAGUCGAUCAGUUAUUAUUUUGUCGGUGCCGUAUACCUUCAUGUUACACCUAAGAAGCUAGUGUGUAACGCAUUGCUUCUUAGUCGGCAUUGGUCGUUAGCACCGGCGCAUUGCGUUUCUAUAUAUUCUGAACCAGACAUGAUUAAUUUAAUGACUUCAUGGAGAAUAAAGUACAAGUUUCAAGAGUCCGAGAUUAAGGAGACCGAAAUUAAAAGGAACAUUGUGCACUCCCAGUUUAGUAGAGAUGAUUUUAGAAAUAAUAUCGGAUUAUUUGAACACGUACGACAAAUACUUUCCAGUGAAUACAUUGAGUUAAAACAAUCAUUGAAGACGAAUGAAUUCCUAUUGAGAUUGCGUUGGAACAAUAGAAACAUUGUUAAUUGGGAUAACAACGUUGUUUUGAGAGACAAAUUUCUAGAAAAAAAUAUAAAUACAAUAAGCCCGGUGUCAAGGCAAAAGUGUAAUGAGUACAUAUCGCCAGUGAUAAAAGAAUUAAGGAAUUAUGAAUUUUGUGUUUUUCUUACUUCAAGAAAGGAAAUAGUUAUAAGGAGAAAUCAUACCCCCUCCCUAAAUAAUAGCAAUCAUACAGACAUUUUCCCAGCUAUUUUAGGUCUCGUGUAACAUAAGACAUGAAUUUAUUACCAUUUACGGACAUUCGGACUGAUACUGAACAGAACUAAUUAAUAUCAUUUUACUCGACUCGCGCAUCGGAUCUGAAACUUCAGCAGCCAGCACGACAGUCAAUGUAGGCAUAGCUGAAAAUUAAUAUUAAUUUCAUUGUCAUUAUGUUGUUUUCGUUAAUUCUAAUUUGUCUUUUCUAGUAUGCUCUAGAUACA